AUGGGGCAAGCUGUCGUCGAAUUUCUCAAAAACCAGUAUGUUGAACGCGAUGGUGUUGAACAUCAGUUUUUCGCGGGUAUGUUCGGCAUCUUUGGACACGGUAACGUCGCUGGAGUUGGUCAGGCACUGCAUCAAUACGCAGACUCAUUCCGGUUCUAUCAGACACGCAAUGAGCAGGCGAUGGUGCAUACCGCUGCGGCGUUUGCAAAGAUGAGCAACCGCCUACGCACCUUCGCGUGUACCUCUUCAAUUGGGCCAGGGGCGACCAACAUGGUUACUGCCGCUGCCGGUGCGACAAUCAAUCGGAUACCCAUACUGCUGCUACCGGGCGACAUUUUCUCAACACGCCUUGUCGCUCCCGUCUUGCAGCAGCUUGAAUCACCCAGUUCGCAGGAUAUUUCGGUGAACGAUUGCUUCAAGCCGAUUUCGCGCUAUUGGGACCGAAUCAACCGCCCAGAACAGAUUAUCACCGCGCUGCCGGAGGCAAUGCGUGUGCUGACCUCGCCGGCGGAAACGGGUGUCGUCACGGUGGCAUUGCCGCAGGACGUACAAGCCGAAGCCUAUGAUUAUCCGUCUGCACUGUUCGAGAAACGGGUUCCAGACGAUUCCACGCCCACGCGCUGA